AUGGAAAGCGGAAGUAAUACAGCGGAAACUGCGAAUGUUACUUUCGGCACACCAACCAUCGACGAUUGGAAGCUCUAUUUGCGUAGCUUAAGGGACGCACCGAUAGAGAAGCAAGCAAUCUCGCCAGAAUCGUCUGAAGAAUCGUCGUUUGAGUUGGAAGAGAGUUUUCGAGCGCUUUUAGAACGCAAACGCAACGAGAUGGAAGAUAAGCAAUCGGCCGACGAAAACAAGAUCGCAAACCGUGGCGUUGCCACGGGUGGUUGGAUCGGCGAAGAUUCCACAUUUGUCGAGGGCGACUCGAUGAGCAAAGUGUCGGAUACCAGCUUCGAGGAAAUGGAACAAAUGUGCGUUUUAUUAGAAAAGGCCAAUCGUUUUGCCGGUGCUGUCGUUGCAACCGAUCUGGUUGAAAAACUGCCCCCGAAACCUUCCGGCAGCGCAUUGGGUUUUGGUGACGUCACGCAGAUCGACGACAUCGACGAACCUUCCGGGCUGUGGGAACACUCUGUGCUACCUGUGGCUGAGGUUCUAUCACCGGUGAAGCGAAUGCACAUAAUGCGACCUUCAACAAUCAUCGAGGAGUCGUCAAUCGGUGAAAAUGGUAUUUCGGUUGACAAUAACUCAAUGGAAUCGUUUGAACCGGCAAAGCAACUAAUUACCGAGGAAAACAACACCAAAAGUUCAGUCAUUAGUGGCAGCGAGGAGUACCGCACCGCGGAGGAAUCUUUUGCAUUGGAUACGUUCUCCACUGGCAAUUCAGACACUCGCAUAGACUUGGGUGUGACCAGCCAAAUUGCAGUUGUUGUUAUCGAUAGUAGUUCCAGCGAAGCGGACAAAGAGCCGAGCAAAUACGAGGAAGAAGGGACGCACGACAAUGAGGAUUCUACACUUCCAGUAGGUCACGAGGACGAGUCGUUCUCGUAUGUUUUGGAUGAAAUUCCGGAACGUUUCAAUGAUACCCUCGAGGAAACAGAUUUCAUGAUGAGGCAAGGAAUGAAGCUUUUGGCUAUGAAACAACAACAGCAAAACCGUGCGGAAGUCGACCAUCACCAGGAAACCAUACAAUACAAACAAGGAUCAAGCGAGGAUCAAAUGUGUGGUUCUAAUAUCCACUCGACCGCGUCGCCAAAACCAAACGCUCAUCAUCAUCUCAAACCCGUACCGAAGACCGCACAAACGUUGAAAGUGCACACUCCACAGGAGAAGAUCGCGCCUAGAAUGGUGGCAUCCGCCUCCAAAAUAACACCUUUCGGUGUGCGUUCGAAACACAACACUCCAUCAGGACCUGGAAGCGCCGGACAUAAGCAAACUCAUUUUUCUAGCGAUGGGAAGUACGGAUUUAAAAAUCUCCAAAACACGUCCGUGGCAUCGAGUGCUUCGUUCAAAAAGCCCGUUUCUCGCUUGCCGCCACUUAAACUUGGGCGCAAGUUUGACCACAUCCAAUCUCCAAUCGGUGCGUAUAUUAAGAAGACACCGAAAAGCUUACUCCAGGCCAAGAUCACCUGUCCACAGAAAGAUCUGAUCGACGUGCUGCACAACGAGCACGGUCGUGACAGCGAGGCAAGCAGCAAGGAAAACUGUGGAACUACGCUGACCGAUAGAUUGAAUGUGAAAGGUUACACCUCUUCCAUUCCCGGAAAGGGUGUCGUAAGUUCGAAUCGUGCACACGUUUUAGACGAGCGUGACUGCGUCCGCAUUCCGGGUGGUGCAAAAAUGCAUAAGUUGCUCAGCGGCUCGCCAUCUUCGGUCAUACGGCACGAAGGGCGUAUCCGGUACGCGGCUGGUGCUGGUGCUGGUGGUGUGCCAGGUGUCCAAAAGAAGUUUGAUAUGACUGAAGACGAUAGUAUGGCUGAUUUGUCCGUGGUUUCUAGCGACGUUUCGGUGCGAAUUUUGAAAGAUGCAAAGCGAUACUAG